AUGCUCGUCCUCUACGAAACCGCUGCAGGUUAUGCUCUCUUCAAGCUCGUCGAUGACGGCAAGUUGGAGAAGCCCGAUGACAUUUGGAAGCACUUUGAGACCGCCGAAAAGGCUAAUCAAACUGUCAAGCUCAAGGCCUUUUCCAAAUUCGAGAACACCACCGAUGCCUUGUCUGCAGUGACUGGUAUUGUCGAGGGCAAGAUACCCAAGAAUCUCAAAAAGUUCUUGUCGAGCGAGAUCUCUGAAAAGGAAAUGAAGAAGGAGAAGCUUGUCGUUGGCGAUCCCAAGCUUGGCAGUGCUGUCAACAAGAAGCUCGGCAUUAACGUUGUAUCUGAUUCGACUGUUAUGGACUUGUACCGUGGUAUUCGUGAACAAUUCGAGUCCCUUGUGUCCGGUCUUUCGCAUCAUGAUUUGAACGCCAUGUCGCUUGGUUUGUCGCAUUCGCUUUCUCGUUACAAACUCAAGUUCAGCCCUGACAAAGUCGACACCAUGAUUGUGCAAGCUAUUGGAUUGUUGGAUGACCUUGACAAAGAACUCAACACUUAUUCGAUGCGUGUCAAGGAAUGGUACGGCUGGCAUUUCCCUGAAAUGGGCAAGAUCAUUGUCGACAAUCUUGCUUACGCCAAGGUCGUCAAGACUAUGGGCUUCCGCACCAAUGCCCAAAGCACUGAUCUUUCCACCAUUUUGCCUGAAGAACUCGAAGCCGAAGUCAAGGAUGCUGCUGAGAUCUCCAUGGGUACCGAAAUCUCGGAUGAGGAUAUUGAAAACAUUCAUUGUCUUUGCGACCAAGUCAUCAACAUCUCCGAAUAUCGUGCUCAACUCUAUGAAUAUCUCAAGAACCGCAUGAAUGCCAUUGCUCCCAACCUUACUACUCUUGUGGGUGAACUUGUUGGUGCUCGUUUGAUUGCCCAUGCCGGCUCUUUGAUGAACCUUGCCAAGCAACCUGCAUCCACCAUUCAGAUCUUGGGUGCUGAAAAGGCUCUUUUCCGUGCCUUGAAGACCAAGCACAACACACCAAAGUAUGGUUUGAUUUACCACGCUUCCUUGAUUGGCCAAGCUGCUCCAAAGUCCAAGGCAAAGAUUGCACGUAUGCUUGCUACCAAGUCUGCUAUUGCCCUUAGAGUCGAUGCUCUUGGUGAGACUGAGAAUGCUGAUGUUGGUAUUGAGGGUCGUACCAAGGUCGAAACCCGUAUUCGCAUGCUUGAGAACCGUGCCAAUGCUCGUGUCAACCGUGACAAGUCAUCCUUCAAGCAAGAAAAGUUCCAAUUCAACAAAUCCAGCACAUACAACGCUGAGAAUGAUGCUGUCAUGACUGAAUCUGCUCCUGUAUCACCACCAGAAGAACCCUCCAAGAAGCGGAAAGCAGAUGAAGAAGCAGCAGCAGCCAAGCCUGCCGAAGCCGAGGAUGAGCAACCCAAGGCUAAGAAGGCAAAGAAGGAAAAGAAGGAUAAAAAGGACAAGAAGGAAAAGAAGAAAUCAAAGAAGGAAAAGGAGUAA